CUGAGCUAUGUUUCAUCCUCUGUUUGCAGUGAGCUUGUAGUUCUCUGGUAUAGUAGCUUUCUGGUUGUUUAAGGUUUCAUGUAACUCAGGCUGGCCUCACACUAGCCAAAGAUAGCUUGAGCUCCUUGAUUCUUCUGCCUCCCUGAGGCUGAGAUCACAGGCACUUACCACCACACUCAGCUUGGUUUGGCGUCUCAGGGAACGUUUUUGUGUGCAGCCCAAGCUAGAACUGAACCCCUGAUCUCUUGCUCAGCUGGGAUAAUUAGCAUGUUCCCCAUGCCCAGCUAUAACUGUUUUUGCAUAUGGUGCUUCUCAGCCUAAAGUGGCCUUGCUUCUCCCAGCUCUUCAUCUACAGGGUAGGUGUCUUCCUACCCAGAAAGCCUUCUCUGAAGGGAAUGGAAUCAAACUGUGUUAUACUGAAAUGUAAUUAUUUCUUUCUGUUAAACUUUCCACUCCCAGCCAGCCACAGUAGUGUACGCCUUUAAUCCCAGCACUCAAGGAGGCAGAGGCAGAAGGUUCUCUGUGAGUUUGAGGCCAGCCUGGUCUACAAAUUGAGUCCAGGACAUCCAACUUUUGGAUCUUUUUCUUCCUUCCUUUUCACUUUUUCUUUUUGCAGUGCUAGGGAUUGAACCUAAGGAUUUAUGCAUUUUAGGCAAGUGCUAUGCUACUGUGCCUCAAAAACGGGCCUCUGUAUCGCUGCAGGCCCUUAGUACUCAGUAAGGGCUGUUGAAUAUGUACUUGUCUGUUUUUAAUCCCUAGCUCUCAGCGUGGCACAAUAAUUUGAGUUCAGCAGCAGGUGUUCCUUGAAUGAGUGUUGUUGAAUAUGGAUGAAAUAAUAUGUUUUGCAUGAUGGUCUAGGAAACUGUUUUCUCCACAACCUGAGGUGUGAAUGGUAGUUUUUGGGAGAUUGGCUAACUUGGUGUCAUGAAGAAAUGGGGGAAUCACCCACAUGAUUCCCCAGCUUUUGUUUCUUCUCUCCAGGCAUGAUUUGCAGCUGGACCUUGACCCAGACCAGGAAGGCAACCUGCAUCAUGUGGUUACCAACUACUCUUCACGCACUUAUUGAUGCCUCCCAAAAAGAGAAGCCGCAGACAGACACCGAAAGCCCCGCUGCUCUUCCACCAGCAGCCACUGGAGGGCCCCAAACACCAUUAUGACUCUUUCCAGCAGCCCAUUACCCACACUGUGCAAGUGCCCAGCAAGCCCAUUGAUCGGGACACCGCCACUUCCUGGGUAUUGCCUCAGUUUGAUACAGCCACAGAAAACCGCUGUCCAGCACACCGGAAGCAUCACCGGGACCGGGCAAGACACCAAACUCGAAGAUCUUCUUGCAAGUUUCCAUGUCUAACCUUUGAGAGUCCACAGGCUUCCUGUUCAGAGACACUAUUGCUAUCCUUGAACAGAGAAGAGCCCCGUCACUCAGAAAAGGACAUUCCCAGAAUGCCUUUGGUGCCCCUGUUCAGUCCCCAGAGCUGUGGGGAACUGUCAGUGAAUGCACUUCAAAGCUUACCUCAUGUGUUUACAGCCCCUGAUAUCCAGACCCCGGGGUCAUCUGUGAGAGAAGAUCCCAUUUCCCCAGACCAGAAGGAAAACAGUCUUCCAAGCUGCAUCCUUGGCCCUAGAACUCCCAACAGCCCAGAGCCGGGGCCUGUGCUGGUCAGGGACACCCCUGAAGAGAAGUAUGGGGUAAAGGUCACUUGGAGACGCAGAAGACACCUGUUCGCCUAUCUUAAGGAGAGAGGGAAGCUGGACGAAAGCCAGUUCCUUGUGAAAAUCUGACUGGAUUUCACAGGCUUCCGUCCAUUGCAAAGCUGCUCAUGGUUAGGUUUCUAAAGUCACUUCUCUGGCUUGAAAGAAUAAAAUGGAAUGAACACCAGUAGGAGGACGAGUUAGCUAGAGGCCUAGCACUAGAAUUCUGUUUCUAGAUUUGCUUUUUAAGCCACCUCGCAUCAGGGACAGUUGAAUUUAGUGUCAUGAACUAUUGGUAUUUUUCUCAUAUUACCCCUUAAACCUGUGGAGUAUCUUAUACUGUUUACAAUGUUUGUGAAUAAAUGACUGCCCUGAGUUUUUAGAGAUCCCUAUCUUUGUCAGAAACGCAGCUGCACGGUCCAUCUAUAAAAGGUUUGUGCUCUCCAG